GAAUGAUAUUUAGAGUAGCUGGAAGCAAGGAGAAAACCCCACAUUUCCAGUUGUAAUGGGAAUCUGCAUAUCCUGCUCAGCUUCUCAAAAGAUUCAAGAUGGCAAUGAAAAUGCAAUGUUCUUUGGAAAGAACAGUAGUUUCUUUGGGGAUCAGAGCCUUGGUUCUCUUUAUUCUAGGGCAGGAAGCAAAGGACUAAACCAAGACAGUGCCAUUCUUUACCAGGGCUAUGGAGUUGGAGGUGCAUCUUUCUGUGGAGUUUUUGAUGGGCAUGGAAAGAAUGGUCAUGUAGUGAGUGAGAUGGUGAAAAAUCGCCUACCAGCACUACUACAAAGCCAAAUGGAAGCUCUUGAACAAGUUACUCUAGUAACAAAAUCAGAUGGUGAACAAAAUUGCAACAACGAAACAGAUGCUGAAGCAGAACCAAGCAAGAACUUUGCUAAGUGGGAAGCGGCACUUGUUAAUGCCUUCAGAGUAAUGGACAAGGAGAUUAAGCUACAACAAGAUUUGGACUGCUCUUCUAGUGGAAGCACUGCUGUUGUUGUUAUAAGACAGGGUGAGGACCUUUUUAUAGCUAAUCUGGGUGACUCAAGAGCCGUCCUGGGAACAAUGACUGAGAAUGGAAUUGAAGGCAUUCAAUUAACCACUGAUCUAAAGCCUGGUUUACCAAGUGAAACUGAACGAAUAACAGCAUGCAACGGUCGAGUGUUUGCACUGAAGAACGAAAAACACAUCCAGAGAGUGUGGUUGCCCCAUGAGCUCCUUCCAGGUCUAGCCAUGUCGCGAGCUUUUGGGGACUUUGUACUCAAAGAUUAUGGCAUCAUUGCCAUCCCUGAUGUCUCCCAUCGUCGCCUGACCUCCAAAGAUCAGUUCAUUGUUCUUGCUACUGAUGGGAUAUGGGAUGUGCUUAGUAACAAUGAAGUUGCAUCUAUUGUGUGGGAAGCCAAAAGUGCAGAGGCAGCUGCUAGGAGAGUGACUGAAACAGCUAUAGCCACAUGGAGCACGAAGUACCCAACUACUAAGAUAGACGACUGCACCGUGGUGUGCCUGUUUUUCAGUUCAUUGUGACGCCUGUAUAGAUUUUGAAGCAGUACGUUGGCCUAUCUCUUUUCGAGUUGAGAAAGCCAUUUGAUCUGUUCGAUCUAUAUACUGUAACUCAUACACACAUUUUCAAUACAACACUACAACUGUAGU